AUGUCAUCCCGAGGCCCUACCGCCGGCGCCCGCGGUAUGAACAACCGCUUUGCUCAGUUCAAGCUCGUUCUUCUUGGUACGAGGCCCAUGUUCCCAGCUCACCAGUCUCCCCCUACUAACAGUGUGUCUCUAGGCGAAUCCGCCGUAGGAAAGGAUCAAUUUGACUCUUUCAGGGAGUCCACCAUCGGCGCCGCAUUCCUGACACAAACCAUCUCCCUCGAUGAGAACACCACAGUCAAGUUCGAAAUUUGGGAUACUGCCGGACAGGAGCGUUACAAAUCCCUCGCCCCUAUGUACUACCGCAACGCAAACUGCGCCGUCAUUGUCUACGAUAUUACGCAAUCCACAUCACUAGACAAAGCCAAGGCGUGGGUGAAGGAACUUCAGCGUCAGGCCAAGGAGGAUAUCAUCAUCGCCUUGGCUGGAAACAAGCUUGAUUUGGUUACCGAACAGCCCGAUAAGCGUGCCAUCCCCACCGCCGAUGCCGCGGCCUACGCCCGAGAGGCGAAUCUCUUAUUCUUUGAAACCUCAGCGAAAACGGCCGAGAACGUUCGCGAGCUAUUCACUGCCAUUGCUAAGGAGCUUCCUCUAGACCAAGCUGGGCCUCGACAUACUCGUCCCGGUCAGCGAUCCGGCGUCAGUCUGGCUCCCGAAACUGCCAACACCAACGUGAGCGGGCCAUGCAGCUGUUAA